AUGACCGAAAUCAAAGUUACUCCUUUGGGUGCAGGGCAAGAUGUCGGGCGAAGCUGCAUUCUGCUGACUAUUGGGGGCAAGAACAUCAUGUUGGACUGUGGCAUGCACAUGGGGUACAAUGAUGAUAGACGCUUUCCAGAUUUCACCUAUAUAGCCCAGGAGGGAAGGCUUACAGACAGGUUAAACUGUGUGAUUAUCAGCCAUUUUCACCUGGAUCACUGCGGGGCUCUCCCUUAUAUGACAGAGAUGGUGGGUUACGAUGGACCCAUAUACAUGACCCACCCAACAAAGGCCAUCUGUCCCAUACUUUUGGAGGACUACCGCAAAAUUACGGUGGAGAAGAAAGGAGAGACAAACUUUUUCACAUCAGAAAUGAUCAAAACUUGCAUGAAGAAAGUGAUCACUGUCAAUUUACACCAAGUUAUUCAGGUAGAUGAGGAUUUAGAGAUAAAGGCAUACUAUGCUGGUCAUGUUCUAGGGGCCGCCAUGUUUCAUAUCAAAGUUGGUCAGAAUUCUGUUGUUUACACUGGUGAUUACAACAUGACACCAGAUAGACAUUUGGGGGCAGCGUGGAUCGACAAAUGCCGUCCGGACCUCCUGAUCACAGAGUCAACAUAUGCCACUACCAUACGAGAUUCCAAACGUUGCAGAGAGAGAGACUUUUUGAAAAAGGUUCACAGUUGUAUCGAGAAAGGAGGAAAGAUCCUUAUUCCAGUGUUUGCCCUCGGCCGAGCUCAGGAGCUGUGUAUUCUGCUGGAGUCCUACUGGGAGCGCAUGAACCUCAAAGUUCCCAUUUAUUUCUCCUUGGGGCUGACAGAGAAGGCCAACCACUACUACAAAUUGUACAUUACCUGGACCAGUGAGAAGAUCAAGAAGACCUUCGUUCAGCGAAAUAUGUUUGAUUUCAAACACAUAAAGCCCUUCGACAGAGCUUACAUAGAAAACCCUGGCCCGAUGGUUGUGUUUGCCACACCAGGAAUGCUGCAUGCUGGCUUGUCCCUGCAAAUCUUCAAGCGCUGGGCAUCAAGCGAAAAUAAUAUGGUAAUAAUGCCUGGAUAUUGUGUGGCCGGGACAGUAGGACACAGAAUCCUUAACGGAGCACGGAAGAUUGAACUUGAGAACAAGCAGAUGCUGGAAGUCAAAAUGGCUGUCGAGUAUAUGUCCUUCAGUGCCCAUGCAGAUGCCAAGGGCAUCAUGCAGCUGAUUUCCCACUGUGAGCCCAGGAAUGUUCUCCUUGUGCAUGGUGAGGCAGAGAAGAUGGCGUUCCUCAAGAACAAAAUCCAACAAGAGUUUGGUAUUGACUGUUUCAUGCCAGAGAAUGGAGAAACCAGCUACAUAAAAACUGUACACAACAUCCCUCUGGACACAUCCUUAAACCUGCUGAAGAGGCAGCUGGUCCCAGCCGAAGAAACUGAAGAGCCCGAUCCAAAACACCUGAAAGUUUUACAUGGAGCAUUGCUGAUGAAGGGAAGUAGAAUGCAACUGAUAGAACCAGCAGCUGCCUUUAGAGAGCUUGGAAUCGAUGAAUACGAGCUGAGAUUCACCUGCAACAUCAGCACAGAGGAAGAGGGGUCAGUCUCUGACACGUCAGAGAGGGUCUACAGAACAUUGUUGAGAGAGUUUCCCCGCUGCCCGGUUCAGUGCUCCAGCGAUGGCUCCAUCAGUGUUGGAGAGUCUGUGCUUGUGAAAGUCUCCGGCGAUGAGGACUGUAAAAAUAUUUUGGUCUCAUGGUCACAUCAGGAUGAGGACAUUGGAAGUCACAUACAGAAAGUUCUGCGUCCAGAUGCCUGA